CAAAAGCUUGCAGCAGGCACACAGAAUGAGUAUAAGGUCAAAGGGAAUUAAGCAAAGAACCCUCCCUGCUCUGGAGGCGGGGAUUUGCUCUACAAAGCCUCCUGUCAUGCCAGUGGCUAACUAGACAAGUUAGAAUGUUUUUUUCUUCUUUUCCCUGUGACAUGUGCUCUAGCUGCAGCAGAAAGGAAAUGUGUCAUCUGUGGUUUGGUUUUAAAAGUGGAAAACUAGCUGCACAUAUCCUUUUUUACUGCAGAUUUACUUUAAGGUUCAUAUUCUCCAAGUCUGUUCUGCAUUAAAUAGGAAAAGAAGAAAAGAAGUGGGUUAUUAAAAUCACAUUAUAAUCAGAUUUUGACCAGGCAUUUGUAAGAUAACCAGUAUACUUAUGGACAUGGAACACAGAGGACAUUACCUGCAUCUUGUCUUUCUGAUGGCAACAGUUUUUUCUUUGUCCCCUGGAACAAAAGCAAACUAUACCCAGCGCUGGGCUAAUAAUACUACUGCCUGGGAUUCAGUUACUCAAAACAAGACAAGCAGAAACCAAAAGGAAAACAUUAGCACCAACCCUGUAACUCCUGCAGUAAAUUACAAAAGUAAUUCCACAAACAUGCCUGAAAUGGCAACAUCUCACAUCUUCACGUCUAAAUCGGAACAGGAGCUUUAUAUACCUUCUGUUGUCAAGAAGAGUUCCCCCACAGUACAGAGCAUUGAAAACACAAGCAAAAGUCACAGUGAAAUUUUCAAAAAGGAUGUCUGUGAGGAAAACAACAACAACAUGGCCAUGCUAAUUUGCUUAAUUAUAAUUGCAGUGCUUUUUCUUAUCUGUACCCUUCUAUUUCUAUCAACUGUGGUUCUGGCAAACAAAGUCUCAUCUCUCAGACGAUCGAAAACAGUAGGCAAGCGUCAGCCUAGAAGCAAUGGAGAUUUUCUGGCAAGCAGUGGUUUAUGGCCUGCUGAAUCAGACACUUGGAAAAGAGCAAAACAGCUCACAGGACCCAACCUAAUGAUGCAAUCUACUGGAGUGCUCACAGCUACUAGGGAAAGAAAAGAUGAAGGAACUGAAAAACUCACUAACUAACAGAUGGUUUACUGA